AUGUUUGUGCCAUUUGGUAUGCGUAUUGUUUCGUUUGAUGUCACGCAUAACUUUGAAGAUAACAUCUGCCGGCAAACUGGUGAUUUGCGCUUGCCUUGCGUUAAUCGAUGUUUCCAAUUCACGCGUGAUCCAAAAGUCCCCUACGAGUCCCAGCAAGUUUGUCACUGCAACGGACUCGUUCAAUUCCCAGGUCUCUGGCUGGAAUGCUGA